AUGUAUAUUUUGCCACCAAAAUAUUUUAGGUGUAAGUGCAUCAAAUUCAAAAUGAGUUUUUUCAAGACUGUGAUGAGUGCAGCAGUUACCAGUGGGAAGAUUGGGCUUAGGAAAAGCAAUUUACGUCCGUUUUUGUCAUGUGCCCCCAUCGCUCUUACAUGGGACCGCGCUGCGCACACCCAGGACAUUACCAAGAACAUACAGUACAUCACCAACGACAAGAUCAAACUGAAUGCGGACCCGAAGACAAUGAAGCUAGAUAAACAACUGAACCGCCCAACCUGUGUGAUGAUCAACUGGCUACUCGCGCGGCAGAAGCAUGUCAUGAAGUACGCCAACUUGUAUUUGGAGCAAGGGUUUGACGUCAUCUCCGUCUCAUGCACUCCAUGGCAGCUUAUGUGGCCGCUAAAAGGCACUCAAUUAGUAGCAGCGGAUCUCAUAAAGUUUAUGGCCGCGAACGAAAAUGACCAGCCCACUGUCCUCCAUGGUUUCUCAGUGGGCGGGUACAUAUGGGGCGAGGUGUGCGCUCAUGUCAUGAAUAAUAAAGAAGCCUACCAACCGGUGAUGGACCGCGUGGCGGCACAGAUAUGGGACUCGGCGGCGGACAUCACAGAAAUCACCAUAGGAGUGCCAGCCGCCAUCUUCCCUAAGAACAAGAUUAUGCAGAAAACCCUCAAAGCAUAUAUGGAAUACCACUUGAAGACGUUCCACGAGGCUGCCACAGUGCACUACAUCCGGUCGUCGCAGCUGUUCCACACCACGGUGUGCCGCGCGCCCGCUCUCUUCCUGCUGUCCAGCAGCGACCCGGUGGGCGCCGAGGCCAGCAACCGCAGCGUCUACGAGAGCUGGUGCAAGAUGGGCAUCAAGUGCACCUGGCAGUGCUGGGCGCGCUCCCCGCACGUGCAGCACUUCGCGCGCCACCGCGACGAGUACGCGUCGCUGGUGCGCGCGCACCUCGCGCAGCACGCGCGCCCGCAGCGCCAGCGCGCGCACGCCUCCACCGCGCUG